CCCAGCACCACCUCGUGCCGCUGCCCCGUGCGGAUGGUGGGCGGCAGCGGCGAGGGGGCGGCAAUGUCGUCGCCUGGCUCCUCCCCCGGCGGCGGCAGCGGCAGCGGUGCAAAGCGCGGUAGGGAUCCGGAAGAGGACGUGUACGUCGACAACCUCAACUCCCACAAGCGGUACCUCAGCGAGAUAAUGGCGUCCAGCCUGAAUGGACUGUCUGUUGGGGAUUCGCUCCCUGACAAUAUCAUGGAGUCCCCUGCCAGGUCGGAGAGCCCCUCCUGCGUCAGGGACGAAAUAAUCUCCCAAUACUCACCAAUGUCCGAAGACUCAGAUGACUACCGCUACUACGACACGCAAUUAAACCCUAACGGGAGUCAAGGUGAUGCAAUGGUCAGCCCUUCAACUAGUCCAAUGUCAUCUCCUCACCGGUUCCAGAAGCCACAAGCUGGUUCCGUGCCAUCAACCCCAUACUCUCUCCCCAGCUGCUCUCUCUCAUCUGUGGCCUGCUCUCACCCUCGCCGUGGCUCCGAAAAUGAAGGCCGGUUCCCAUCUUCCCCAAAUGACAUGUGCCACGGCGCAGACCUCAGACGAACAGCGCUCCUGAGGUCGGUGCAUAUGAGGGUGCAUGGUCCCCACGCAUAUGAUAUGUCAUUCGGCGGCCGACAGGAGCAAGAACAUGUCCAUGAGCAUGAAGAUGAACAUAGUCAUGAACAUCAUGUUCAUGUGCAUGAAGAUGAACAUGGUCAUGAACAUCUGGAGGAUUUAGACGGGUCACAGAGAUCAUCUUGCAGGAAAUCAAUCGACCAUGAAGCUACUGGCUACCAGGGUGCUGAAAACCGCUACAGGCGACAGGAGCAUGCUAUAGAUUACAUCGACCGCUGCACAUCUGAUGAUGUCCUGAAUGGCCUCAAGUUCAAGGAAGAAGAUGGUACCCAAGGUAAUUCUGAUGCCAGCAUGGAUAAAAAUAGAUAGAUAUCACUUAUCAGGGGCGUAAACACCGCGCUAUUGUCUUGUUAAUUAGGGCUAUGAGAGAUUGCAUCUCAAGCUUAUUGUAUUUUUCUAUGCUUUUAGAUUCGCUGUAAUCUGCCUUGGCAUAAUGGUGAAAUUGUAACAUUUACGUGUA